CUUUACCAAUGAAACAGUUUUGUACAACUCAGAGUGCAUUUGGAUGUAUGCGUUUCUGCCUGCUGCGAUUUUUUUCUCAUCUGACAGUUGCAGAAUUUUUAAUUUGGUGGCAUAUGCUGUUGCUGGACAGUUUCGAAAAAAGUGGAAAGUAUUUUUAUGAAAAUGGCGACAAUUAAUUUGAAUGAUUUUGAUCUAGUUUAUAAAAGUCCCAAUGAGCUAUUGGUUGAGAAAGAAGAUGUUUUCAUUCAACACAAAACGAGUGAUGAAAUCAUCAACGUUAGAAGGAUCGACGUAGCAGACUUUUUUGGCAUACCGUUGCAUGUUCCGGAUGAUGAAGAUAACAGCGAGAACAGUGAACUACCGACAGUUGCGAGUUCUGUUCAGGGUUUUUCUAAAGCAGAAGUUGGAAAUGCUGCAUGGACAGACGGAGCUACCAAGUGCUUGCUGGAGGGUUACAAGCAUGCAAUACCUCAAGUUGGUCCGAUGAAAAAAUUUCAGAGAAAAAAAGACAUGUGGAGUGCUCUGGCUGCGGAUAUCAAUAAAACCUGCAGUACCAGUUAUACAGGACCUCAAACAGAGAACCGUUACAAAACGGUGCUAAAGAGGACCAAAAACACCCUUUCAAACAACCGAACUAGUGGAGCGCAGCGAUCGGUUGAUCCAUAUCAAGAUGAAAUGGUGGCGAUAAUCCAACGAGAUGAUUCAAUUGUACCCGAGGUUCACGUCAGUCAGGAUCAAAUUGCAAGGAAAUCCCCAGCCCUGGAAACAUGUUCAAUGUCCGCAAAAGUCCCAAAAUCUAGAAACAACAAUGUCUCAAAGUCCUCAUUCAUGACUGAGUUGUUAAAAGACAGAGAGAGAAUGCAUCGUGAGAAAAUGGAAGCAAAGAAAAAAAGACACGAAGAAAAAAUGGAUAUACAAAAGGAAAAACUUGUAUUGAUGAGGCAGAAAAUAUUAUUACAGGAAAUGCUCCUAGAAAAACUAAAUGCCUGCAAAGACAUUGGCACUGUUUAAACCGAUCGGUUUUGAGGUCAAUCAAUUUGCCAUUGAAUUAUAUGAUUUCUGUUUCGAUUAUUAUAAUUUUCUUAAAUGAUUUCACAAUAAAUUAUUUCUAAUG